GCACGUCAUGUUGUGUCUCUACAGUGUCAAGCUAUCCCUCUCCAUAAUGGAACUGGCGGCUCGCUCAACGGAGAAGAAGACGGUUACUGAAGCCUCCCGGAGAGACACAUAUGACUUCUGCUGUGGCUAAAGAGUUCUCGGCCAGUUUGGUGAUGAUGAAAUCAAUAUUCCAUCACGACCAAGUUCCUGUUCUUCGCCCUUGGCCUCGACCUCGCUUCUUCCUCGUCGGACUGCUUGGUGCCUGCGUCGAGGGGUGCUUUCAUAUGUUGUUUGACUAUAUAAAAAACCCAUCCGAUGUAUAUGAAAUCAUUACUGACAGAUACAGCUCCCUACCUGUUUCCAUCUAUCAAAAGAGCAAGUGCCAUAGAACCAGUAUCCUGAACCUUCCGAUGACUUGUUUUUAUUGUCGCUUCCGUCUCAGUUAAUAUCUUGACGUCCGUGACCGGCUACUACGUCCUGUUAAAUUAUCUGACGGUUGUCUUCAAUUUCAUUGACACCCGGCUUCUGAGUAUUGAGGCCG